AUGGGCCUGUCCAUAGUGGCUGCCAAGGGGGCAGGCCAAGAGCGGCUCGGCAUCUACAUAAAAUCAGUAGUCCCUGGAGGAGCCGCAGAUCGCGACGGUCGCCUAGCAGCUGGUGAUCAACUGCUCACCGUAGACGGACAAUCUCUUCUGGGAAUCACCCAGGAAAAAGCGGCGGAGUUCUUGGUGAGAACCGGCAGCAUCGUCACGUUGGAAGUGGCCAAAGGUGGAGCUGUCUAUCAUGGUUUGGCAACGUUGCUUCAGCAGCCCAGUCCUCAACCACACAGAGCCAUGGAUUUUUACUACGACCCAUAUGGUUUUCAAGGCUCUCAAGAGUCUUUAUACAGCGUCAAACACUACCACAUAUUCACCCCACCGGUCACCAAGCCUAAAAACAACGUAUUCUUUAACUCGGACGAUAGCCUAUUUAAAACAGAAAAACGUAAAUUUACGAUACCGAGAAUCGAGAUUGAAAGUGACGCCCCUGUUUUCAGUUUACAUGUUACCGAUUUUUCGGAACCGUCGCCAAAAAAUAUCACGUUAACGUACGAUGAAUCUGGCACAAACAUGAAUGAAGUGGAAUUAAAGGAGGACAUUAAACCGACGAAAUCGUGGCGAGAUAAAACGAAUAAUUUUAUGCAACUGAAAAGUUACUCCAUUGAUAUCCAUGAUAGUGAUUUGGAUAUAGACCAGAUUUGCGAUACAGAUAAAUAUUUAAGCAUUGGCUCAAGAAAAUACAAGCAUAGACUAUCUUCCACGUCACUGCAAGAUCUAUCCAGUUCAACUAGUAGUAUUUGUAGUGCCAUACACGAAUCAAAUUUGGAUUUGAGCCAAAUAGAAUCGGACUCGAUGAUAAAACAUAGAAACUGGAGGUCCCCGUUCGAAAUACGUUACGGUCCCGAAUACGUAAAGUACGAAAACAAGUCUAUAAGUGUGCCGGCCUUAAACAAACGUAAAUACGUCACAAGUCGCAGCAAAAGUGUGAGCGAGGAAAAAUUAAACGACAAACUGUCGGAAUACGAAAGACUGGAAAUUGUUAAGUUACUGCAAGACUGGAGCCUAAACGGUUCCGAAUCAAAGAGUGAUUUUAAUUUAAGGAUUUCGAAGAGUAACGAUGAUUUAAGUAGCUUAGAGAAACGAGAUUAUAUGGAGGAUGAAAAAACCCCCAGGACCAAUUUAAAACAGAGUAAAGUGAAAUACAAUUCUGAACCAAAUUUAUCACCAAACUCGAAAAGUAGAAGUAUUUUCGAUGAUGUUGAUGGUCCUAUUAUUAUAGCAAAAUAUUGUUCUGACGAUAAUUUAAAUAAGCAGAGGACCACUGAUAAUGAUUUUUCCCACAAAUGUCAAUUUAGAAAUUGUAUAUUUAAUAUAGAUUUUACACCCAAAGAAGGGACCAAACCCAAAGAACAAGAGAAACCUAAGCCUAAGAGUAUAUUGAAGAACAGCAAGGAGCGCCUUGAUGAAAUCGAUUGUCUAAUUAACAUUACCAACAUACAAAAAACUCCUAAACUAUUUACCAAGGAAAGUAGACGCUUUAGCGAGAUACAAAUAACCAACAAGUCUUUUAAUAGUCAAUUAGUUCGAUGUGAUAGUUUAGAACGCUUGACGCAGCUAAAAAAUAAUAAUAACAACAACGAGCCCAAGAAGUUCCCCGAGUCGUACAUAGUACGUCGAACGAACCAAAAAUCGAAAACCAACAACGAGAACCGCUGCAACAGCGGAUCUCCCAAAUACGUCAUGCGCAAAAAGUACGUACCCAAAACGUGGAAAAGUUGCUCGGACAUCAAGACCAAAAAACCGUUGCGCAAAUGUUGCCGCUACGCGAAAAAGUCCUGCCCCGUGCUGAAAAACAGCGCAGACUCACCUAAAUCGCAGCGCAAGACGCAGAGCUGCGCGAACUUUGUCGCCGAAGACUCAGCUGCGCUCCGUCAGGAUCAACCCGCUAGGUUAGCCGCAUUAAUGGAUUACCAUCUUCGCGCUUUUAAUCGUCCAAGACGGAUGUCUGAACGCGACCUGCCCUCCCGUGUAGACUCCGAACGCACCAUUCCCUCGUCGAAAUCCGUUCCCGCCCUCCACCACAUAUCGCCGAACUCGGAACAGCCGCGAGUGAACGCGCACGACGCGUUCAAUCCCGGCUACAGCCGAACUUCGUCGAACAACAGCAUCAACACGAACGGAGCGCCGCCUGCGGCAGCUCAAAACGGACCGAACCCCGGUUUAAGGAGCAGAUCGACGCAUAACUUGCACCAGCAGGACGGCGGGUUCUAUCAGAAUUUGAGCGUUUAUAGGAACAAGAUUCCCAGCCCGCAGCAGCAAUUGGGAGAUAGGUAUAUUUUCAAGAAAUAUUUUUAG